CAGGUCGACUCGAGUGGAUCACCGCUAGACGUUCGUUGGCUGAGGGGGUGGCAGUGUACUACUAUUACUGAACGUCGCCAAUAAGGAAGAUUCUUUGCGCGGCCCGUUCAUUUCAGUUUCAGUUCUAGUGCGUGCGUGAAGGCGUCCGGACGUGCCUGAUUUGUAGCCUGUUUGGAGCUUAUCGGUGGUAGAUUCUAAGAACAAAGACUUGGCGGUCGAUCGUUAGAGUCGGUAUUGUGUGUGAACGGAAGAAAAACGCGUCUGGCGUCCAGUGUGUAAAUUGAAUUCAAUUUGAAUCUGUUUACCGGCGUGUCGCUCUUACAAACGUGUUUCAGUUGAUUUUAAUUCAAUUUGGUCACUCGCAGGGUGUUUGCAAGAAUUAAACGUCUGCAUCAACGGACAAGCACGCGUGCCUUGAUGGAACUCUAAUCUGUUUUAGAUCGAAGGCCAACAAUAAUCUGCAGUAGGCAGCGAAGAUCACGAUCCACCACGAUUGAUAGUUAGUAACUGAUUAGUUCCCAUAAUCAGCAGUAGUAAUAAAUACACCCGGGAAGGCGUAACGUCGAUAUUCGCCACCGUACGACUCUGAGGAGAAGAAUCAUGCAAACCUAACUGACGGCAAUCAAAGGAUUGUGGAAAGUGAUUUAAAUUGGUGCCUCCGGCCGAAGUAGUGAUACAUAGUUCCGCACUGAUGCAUUACAGGAAGUGUAUCGUGAUGUGCUAGGAAUUUCCGCCGUGUUUCACCUGUUGUGCUGGGUAAAUUUGCCAAUAAAAAGUACCGUGCUGUUAAGCACGCUCCGGGGGUAUUCUUGAAAGUGUAGAUUUGAGCAGUAUCAACACUACCAUAGCAAAAAUGAUGGAUAUCACGUUCGAGAACAUUCAGUACAACGUGUCGGUGGGAAAGAAAGACAAGAAAACCGUCCUGAAUGGCGUCUCGGGAAAUUUCAAAUCAGGCGAGCUGACGGCGAUUAUGGGCCCUUCGGGAGCUGGGAAAUCCUCGUUGCUCAACAUUCUCACCGGAUACACGAAAAAUGGCGUCAAAGGUACACUCAACAUCGGGCGCACCGUCGGAAGCAAUAAAUUGUGCAGCUAUAUCCUGCAGGAGGAUAAUCUGCAUCCGUUCUUCUCCGUCCAGGAAAUAAUGAUGAUGGCGUGUGAUUUGAAAAUAUCGUCAGGAUGCCUGAAAAACGACGGCAAACAGCGAUUGAUUGACAGCAUACUCGACACUCUGCAUCUCAAGUUCACCAAACUGACACGCUGCGCAAAUCUCUCCGGUGGACAGAAGAAGCGACUAUCAAUCGCACUGGAGCUUAUCGAUAAUCCGCCGGUUCUCUUCCUGGACGAACCAACGACUGGCCUGGAUAGUUCCUCGUCGCUCUACACCAUCAAACUGCUGCAGGGGCUGGCCCGGGAAGGCCGGACAAUAGUUUGCACCAUCCAUCAACCAUCUGCCACCGUGUUCGAGAUGUUCGAUCAUGUGUACGUGCUGGCCGAAGGACACUGCGUCUAUCAGGGUUCGGCGCUGAACACGGUUCCAUAUUUGAGCUCCGUUGGAUUGCAGUGCCCCCAGUACCACAACGCCGCAGAUUACCUGCUCGAGGUGGCGAACAAAGAGUAUGGCAAUUUCAUUAACGUCCUCUCGAAAGCGGCCAUCGAUUGCCACUGGCGGAAGCCGGACUCCUGCAUCGGAACGGUCACGCUGCCCCAUUAUCUGACGUAUGACAAAAAUCACAAUGCCGGUGCCACGGUCUAUCACGACGCGACCGAUGACGUGUGCAGCAGCACCGAAAAACAACAGCAGAACCAGUCACCGCUCCGAAGGCCAUCCGAAUUCACCAAACUGUUGAUUCUGAUGAGGAGAUGCAACAUCCAGCUGUACCGCGAUUGGACCGUAACUCACCUGAAACUAUUUUUCCACGUCGUAUGCGCCGUCGUCGUAGGGUUGAUGUUUGGUGAUUCAGGUGUCAAUGGUACGAAAAGCGUUUCCAAUAUCGCAUCCUUUUUGGUGCACAUACUCUACCUCUGGUACACGACGCUGAUGCCCGGAGUGCUGAAAUUUCCGUCGGAGAUCAAGAUUCUGAAGAAGGAAUCGUUCAACAAUUGGUACAAAAUUCGGACAUAUUUCGUCGCAACGAUGUUAACUUCACUACCGGUUCAGAUUUUCUUCUCGAUAGUAUACAGUACGAUAGUGUUCAGCCUAACUUCGCAGCCACUCGAGUGCGAUCGGUACAUGAUGUUCCUAGCGGCACUGAUACUGACCACUAUCGUUGCCGAUGGUUACGGCGUAUUCCUGGGAACGUUCCUUAAUCAAAUUAAUGGUACCUUCAUUGGGGCUAUCACGACUUGCUACAUGCUGGUGUUUUGCGGUUUUCUCAUUAUGUUUAAUCACAUGUCCGAACUGAUGAAGGCAUUUAGCUAUCUGUCAACCUUGAGGUACAGCCUGGAAGCGUUGGUUCUCGCCAUAUACGAUAACGGCCGGACCAACAUGGUAUGUCCGGAGGAAGAGCUGUACUGUCACUACGUGAAGGCGUCGACAGUUUUAAAAGAUCUCGGUAUGACACCCCAGAACUAUAUCUUCAAUGUCGUUAUGCUGGUCGUGCAGUUUAUUGCUAUCAAAGUAGUAGGAUUCUGGUCGUUGCAGAGAAAGCUGCGAGGUGGUUGAUUGCACCGUACCGUUGAAUGCUAAAAUCUUGCCAAUCACAUUAGAUAAGAGACAUUUUUUGUACAGUUUUCUACGUAUUUUUAUGCUGCAGCAAGGAGGUUUUGGCCAGCGAAAAUGCAGAAAUAGCAAACGGCACAAACUGUAAGGUAUUUCAGUGAACAUUAACACUUAGAGAAUAAGCAUAUUUGGACGCAGUUGGCAGUACAUUCCAAUAAAAAUGAAACAGUACAAGGAACACCGUUGUGACAAAAUGAAAACAAGUGCACUUACUUAUUUUUAGUAAAUUAUGAAUAGCUUUAAACUGAGAAUGUGAUAACUGAAGUUGAAUGUACUUUACAAGCAUUGAGAUAGAAAUAUACACACCCAUUUUUGCA